ACAAAAUGGCGCCGUGUCGCCCGCUCUUCCUCCUCCUUCCCCCGGCGGACUACGUUUCCCGGUAAGCUCCGCGUCGUCGUCGUCGUCGUCGUCGUCGUGGCUCCGGCGCUCCGGGUGAGAGCGGGGAGGCGAUGGCGAUGGCGUCGUCGUCGUCGUCGUCCUGCGCGGAGAUCCUUCGGCGGGAGUUCCCGGAGCUGGACGGGGAGAUGUUCGACUACGUGACCGGGAUUCUGCAUAGCAGCAGCGCAGACUUUGAAUCAGUGGAUGAUCUGUUUGAAGCUGUUGGGGAGCUCUUGCAGGAUGUCUCCAGAGACUCCAAAGAUGAUGAAGACAUCCGCGCUAUCUGCCAGCGAAUGUAUAAUACCCUUCACCUGGACAGUGAAAACUCUGGAAGUAACGCACAGGUUCUCCUGGAUGCCCCAAUUCAGAUUUCUAAGAUCGCAGACAGUUACGAUUCCGGCUUGGACCUCAUACCAGGGCUGCUGCUGAAAAGAAACUACAACUCGAUGGUGAAUGCCAAGAAGCUGGAGAAGGCAGAGGCUCGCCUCAAGGCAAAGCAGAACAAGAAGCAGGAACGAGAUUCUUCCAAAUCUGGCAACCCACUGGUGCUUGAAGAGGCAUCUGCCAGCCAAGCUGCCAGCAAGAAAGAGACACGCCUGGAGACAUCAGGAAAGAACAAGUCCUAUGACGUGCGCAUUGAAAACUUCGAUGUGUCCUUCGGUGAGCGUGUCCUCCUCACGGGUGCAGACUUGAACCUGGCGUAUGGACGGCGGUAUGGCCUGGUGGGCCGGAAUGGUUUGGGUAAGACCACCUUGUUGAAGAUGAUCGCUAGCCGUAGUUUGCGCAUCCCCUCACACAUCAGUAUCCUCCAUGUUGAGCAGGAGGUGGCAGGGGACGAUACACAAGCCCUGCAGAGCGUGCUGGAAUGUGACACCAAACGCGAGAGCCUUCUGAGAGAAGAAAAGGCAUUGACAGCCCAGGUCAAUUCUGGAAGAGUAGAAGGCACUGAAGGCACCAGACUGUCUGAAAUCUAUGCCGCCUUGGAAGAGAUUGAGGCAGACAAGGCCCCAGCGAGAGCAUCGGUUAUUCUGGCUGGGCUGGGAUUCAGUGCAAAGAUGCAGCAACAGACAACCAAAGAGUUCUCAGGAGGCUGGAGAAUGAGGCUGGCUUUAGCUCGUGCCCUUUUUGCCAGGCCUGAUCUCCUCCUGCUUGAUGAGCCAACUAACAUGCUGGACGUGAAGGCAAUCAUCUGGCUGGAAAACUAUCUGCAGACCUGGCAGUCAACUAUCCUGGUGGUCUCCCAUGAUCGGAAUUUCUUGAAUGCCGUGGCUACUGAUAUUAUCCACCUGCACUCGCAGCGGCUAGACAGCUAUCGCGGCGAUUUUGAGAACUUUGUUAAGAUCAAAGAGGAGCGGCUGAAGAACCAGCAUCGCGAGUAUGAGGCACAGCAGCAGUAUCGGGAACACAUCCAGGUCUUUAUUGAUCGAUUUCGCUAUAAUGCAAACAGGGCAUCUCAAGUACAGAGCAAGUUGAAACUGCUGGAAAAGCUGCCAAAACUGAAGCCUGUGGACAAAGAUUCAGAGGUGAUAAUGAAGUUCCCUGACGGCUUUGAGAAGUUUUCACCUCCCAUUUUGCAACUGGAUGAAGUGGACUUUUACUAUGAGCCUGAUCACUACAUCUUCCGCUCCCUCUCAGUCUCUGCUGACCUCGAAUCCCGGAUUUGUGUGGUAGGGGAAAAUGGAGCUGGGAAGUCAACGAUGUUGAAGAUCCUGAUGGGAGACCUAGCCCCUGUCCAGGGAAUUAGGCAUGCUCACAGAAAUCUGAAGAUUGGCUAUUUCACUCAGCACCAUGUGGAUCAGCUCGAUUUGGACAUCAGUGCCACAGAAUUAUUAGCAAAGAAAUUCCCAGGGAAGACCGAGGAAGAGUACCGCCAUCAACUGGGCUGCUAUGGCAUCUCUGGAGAGCUAGCCGUCCGCCCUGUUGCCAGUCUGUCUGGAGGCCAGAAGAGCAGAGUGGCUUUUGCCCAGAUGACCAUGACAUGCCCCAACUUCUACAUUCUGGAUGAGCCGACGAACCACCUUGACAUGGAGACCAUUGAGGCCCUGGCAAAGGCACUCAACAAUUUCCGGGGUGGCUUGAUGCUUGUUUCCCACGAUGAGCGCUUUAUCCGACUGGUGUGCCAGGAGCUGUGGGUGUGUGGAGAGGGAACGGUAAAACGCAUCGAAGGUGGCUUUGACGAGUACAGAGACCUCCUGCAAGAGCAGUUCCGGAAGGAAGGCUUUCUAUAAAGCGGAUGCCCAGGCGGUGUGCAUGAGCUGGUUUGGAGCGGAAAUGGCUGCCCAGCAGCCCUCAUCCAACCUGACGGUGCAGCAGGGAUUCCACCUCCAUCGUGUGAACAUCAGCUGCGUGUUCUCCUCUUCGGGGAAUGCUUCCUUCCCCCAGAAACCAACACCUGCUGGGUAUUGCCAAAGGGAAGAGGAAAGGGAACAGUGUUGCUGUGGGAUGUGUGCCAAGUCUCUGCUGGGCAGGGACCGGAGGAAGACAGCUGAGGGAAAGGUGGGAAGUGUUCAGUGCUGCUUGAGUGAAGAAGGAGAGUGAAGAAGGAUGAGGCAUCUGCUUCAGCGCAGGCCUUCUUCUCUUUCCAUUGGUCUGUAGAGGUGAACCUGCUGCAGUCAUGCUCAGGGAGCAUCAGAAGGCUUCUUGGCGUAAAUGCUGCUAGAUGUUGCACAUUUCAGUAGCUUUUCCAGGACAUGGGCUGGGACUCCAGUCUGAGGUUUGAAAUGGUGAGGAUGAGGGAUUUUCCUUCCCUCCUCCCACCCCAGGCCCCCCUGGGAAGAGCUGCAGCUUCUUCAUUUAACUGUCAAACACACCAGCCAGACUCUCUUCAGAAAGCACUUCUGGUUCCAUAGCUUGGCCUUAUAUUUCUCUCUUUUCUGCUCAGAAGGCAAUGCCUUUGUGUGCUGAAAGGGACCCCUCACACCCAAAAGGGAUAGGUAUUGCAUAACCCAUGGUUCUGGUGGUGGAAGAAGUGCAAUGCCGGUUCCACUCUCUGCCAGAAGGUGACAAUCUUCAUUGGGGCUGGGGCUCCUGCCUUAAGGGUAUCACAGACCCACCCAGUCUCUGGCCUCCCAAAGGAGGUCUGAAUCCCACGCAGGACUGAGGUCUCUCCCAGCUAACACACACCACGUCUUGGUCAUUGAAAGAGGAUUAAAGAGUUUUAGCUUGAAAGUCAAUUUUUGAUCAUCAGCAUUGAGGUUGCUCUGUAAAUAAAAUG